AGUCAAAGAGCAUGGACUUUUUCUCCGCGCUUUGGUCUGUGCUUGAAACAAUUUUUCUUUUCGCUCCCGUGUAACGUGUUCGUUAAUUUAUUUUAUUGUGCAAAGAAAAAUGUAAACAGUGUAAAAUAUUACACUGUGACUGUGUAAACGAUAAUUUUUUUUUUUCAACUACCGACAGUAAUAUUGCACGUUUUUAAAACGGCAUUCCGCAAAACCCUUUCACUAUUAUUUCAUAUCGAAGUCGUCUGGAGGUUGCCGUUUCCGAGCAAUCCGUUUGAUAUGUGAAUCGCACGAGUCCAUCAUAAUAAUAUUAUAUCAACUUGUCCCACCCUGUGUCCAUAUACCGGCAUUAUAUAGAUACCGCCCGAAUCGUGAUGGAAGAUGUGGAAGUUCCGUUUAAAGAUCUUCUUGAACAUAAACAUCCGGAAGUUUACGAGUAUUUAAAAAAUGCUGUGCGAAUGCUUCAGCGUCAACAAAAUUUGUUGACCAAGAUAAAGAACAGCAAUCCGAUCGACUUCAAGAAAUCAAACAUUAAAUCCGAAGGCUCUGACCAAAAUGCUGAAAUAGUUAACAGCACCAAAAGCAUUAAAAAAGACGAAGAAGAAGUUAAAAAUCUAUCAAUUAAAAAUCAUGAUAGUGUAGCAGAUAGUAUUGAAAAAUUGGAAAAUGUUAAAAAAUCUGAAAAUCUAGAAGUCGAUAACCCAGAAAAAACAGAAUCUGAAAUUAAAGAAGAAGGAGAAUGUAGUGAAGACGAAGAAAAAUCUAAAGAUUCAAAACAAGUCAAUCAGUAUAGUUUGGGAGAAAGCCGUUUUAUAUUAGAAGAAACUACUGGAAUGUAUUAUGACCAAGUGACUGGCUAUUAUUAUAAUUUAGAUAAUGGAUUAUUUUAUGACGGAAACCAAGGGUGUUAUUAUUACUUUGAUGUAAUAGCACAAAAAUAUAGAUUACAUUCCCAGGUUCAUUCAGAUACACCUCAAUUAACUUCUAAUGAGCUCAAUGUAAAGAAACAAAAACAUACCCAAGACAUACCUGAAAGUAUUAGUGAGGUUAGUGAUUCAGAGAAUUCUGAAGAUAGUGGUAAUUUGAUUAUUAAAGAAGACACAGAAGAAGAUACUGAAGCAAAUGAAAAAGAAAUUAAAGAUACUAUUACAAAAACUAUUGAAAAUAAACCUAAUGAAUCUCAAGAAGUGAAAGAAGAAUUAAGUGUUGAAAACAAGGCCAUUAAAGAUGAUAAGGAAGAACUCAAACCCGAAGAUUGCCCUUGUCCACCUUCUACUUGUGAAAUUUUAGACAAGCGUUAUUUGAAUUUGUUGCAAUAUACAAAGUUAUUGCCGGCGCCUAAGAACAUAGUUCACAAAUUAACACCUGAUGGGAGUAAAGCAAAACAAUAUGCACAAAUAAGAAAUUGGUACACAGUCAAGCAUCAAGUAACUGCAAUUGAAUCAGAAAUUAUUCAGUAUGAUAAUCUAGUUUGGGAUCGAAUUGAACAAUACCUGUGUCAAAAUAAGAGGGAUGAUAAAAAUUCCAAUUGGAAAUCAUACAAAGAAGUUAAAGCUCACCUUUCUGAUACACAAACCAAAUUGAUUAAAUCAAAAGUUAUUGGAUGGCCUCCAUGUAUACGUAUUAUAAUAACAGAAUCCAAAGCAUGUAAUUCAUUGGUUGGUAAACUAUUUUUAAUUACAUGUCCUGGUGGAACAAUAGGGCGUUCAACCAACAGAGAUGUAGUAGUACCUGACGAUAAUGUUAGCAAGUUACAUGCUGAAAUAUCAUUUAUUGGUAAUGUAAACAAAGUUGGGAGAGGUCAUUAUAUUGUUAAAGAUAAAGGUAGUACAAAUGGCACAUUUUUGGAUGGUAAAAAAUUAACAAAGCACUCGUCUUCAAGUGAACCUCGUCAUUUAGUCCAUGGCAGUGAACUAACUGUUGGUGACACCAAAUUUUUGUGUCAUAUUCAUGAUGGGAUGGAAACGUGUAAUUUGUGUGAACCUGGUAUACAAGCUCCUCCACCAGAAGAAAGUGUUAAAAAUGUUGUACCUCCAAAACGUAAAUUUGAUGAUGAACUAAAAAGUUUAAAAGAAAAAUAUGGAUUGCUUGGCUGUGAACCACCAGAUGCUGUAUUACCAAAGGGAUAUAAAGAUAGAGCUGAUAAAAGAAGAAAAACAGUUGGAUCUCAAAAUGCAAAUGAGAAAACCGAAGUAGCUUGUGUAACACAACCAAUUCCUACAAAAAACAAAGGUUUCAAAUUAUUAGAAAAUAUGGGUUGGACACCUGGAAAAUCUUUGGGAUCUAGUAAUUCUGGAAUUAAAGAACCUGUAAUCAAUGUUGUAAACUCGUAAAUGCACACAAUAAUUAGUUUUUUUUUUCACUAUCUACACUCUUACUAUAGUCAAUAAUGAUUUUUCAAAACAUAUAUCAUACACUGGAAAAUAAUUGAAUUCAUGCAUAGACCAACUGCUUGCCUUUCAAACAAUUCUUAGUGGAAAAUAAAUGAGUCUCCAAGAGUAAAGUGGUGCAAGUAGUAAACAACAAUUUAGAUUUGUUAUAAUAUAUGAAUAAAAAGAUAAUUAAUAUGAAACUAAAUAAUGUACAUGUUACACCGCUAGUAGAUUUUAUUCAUUGAAAAUUUGAAAUAUUAUUUUAGUUAACAGUCAAAAUACAAAAAAAAAAAUUGAUUUUAAAUUAAAAUUUUCUUUGAUUUAUUAGUUGAUCUAAAUAAUGCCUAGUCAAUCCCAAUGAUAUCAUAACUUCUUUCAACUUUGAACUACUUUUAUUAGUUAUGGUUUAUAAAUACUGGUCAUUUGCAAGGCUUUGCACCUGUUUAGCCCGUAAAGCCAAAACCCUUAAAAAGCCCUUAAAAAUGAUCAAAACCGUAAACCCACAUAACCCGAUUGAUUUUGAUGACAUAUAACCCGAUUCACCCAAAACCGAAUACGUGUGUGUUUGUUUUGGCAGAAUUUUGAAGUGGGCACCUAACCCGUAGGUAUCUGCCAUGCCCGGUUGGGGGAUGGCGGCCUAUCUCACUGGACACCGUGACUGCCCGAAGAAAAAUGCCACCCGUGGCCGAGUUCGAACCGGCAGCGGUGUGCGUCACUACCGACGCCAUAGUCCGCUCGGCCAGUCCGUCCCCCAUAUUUAAUAUUAUAAAAUAUUAAAUUAAAUUAUAUUACGUGUUUCACUACUGUAUUUUACAUGAGUACUGAAAAGUUGAUUGUAUAACUUUAUACUUUGCUUAAUAAAAUUUAACACUGCGCGCAACAAUUUAUGUAUCACUCAAUUUUAAAUAACCCAUAACCCGAAUAAUUAUAUUGGCUAAACAAAACCCAUAUUCUUUAAUAUGAAGAAAACCUAAAACCACAACCUCUAUUUUUCUUUGAAGCGCGUGAAACCAUAACCCAAAUAAAUCAUUUGGGUGCAAAGCCUUGGUCAUUUGUGUACUUUCCUGAUGAAAUUGGCCAUCAGGCAUUGUUAUUAUUGUGUAGGAUAAUAUGUUAACACUGACUGAUUUUAAUAUUUUACGGUGACAUAUAGUAGUACCUAUAUAGCGAACAUAUAAAUUUGCAUAGUUGUAAUACCUAAAUUAUAUUCUAUUAUUAAUACGUAUUAGAGACAAUGGUAAUGAAUAUUGUAUAUCCAGAAGUUGUAAACACUAUUUAAGAUGCUAAAUCUAUCUUGAAUGUGGUCUAUGGUCUAGACUCGCAGAAAUGUUUCUCAUAUAAAAUAUUCAUCUUCAGUACAUUUGCAAUUAGUUAUGUAUAGAAUGCUUUUGUUCACUACUUAAGCAAACAUUUAUGCACAAUACCCUUCAUCCAUUUCCAGUUUCUCAGUAAACUUCUUUAUUAUAAUAACUAUUUUACUAUUAUAAAUAGUAAAGUAAAACACACAUGCACAUGUCUAAAUGACCAGCUUAUUUAUUUGACUGAUUAAACUAUGUACCUAGAGUGUUGAGAUUAUGAAUUUUGACUAUUAACACCCAUGUCUAAUUGUAAAAUAAGUUAUCAAAUUAAGAACAAAAUAUUAAAUUCAUAAUAAUAUGAAUUACUAUACUAUAUGUUCCUAAAUAGAAAAAAAAAUAAAACCAAAAGUUAUUUUAUAUUAAUUUUAUAAUUAUUAUAUAAUUUUUGUAUUGUGUUGCAUUUUAAAUACAAGUUUAAAUACAAAGUAUAAAUAGCUUCAUUAUUUAUGUAUUUUAUAGGGCAAGCUUUGGAAGUUAAUAUUAGUAGUUUGUCUUGAUG